AAAUAAAGAAGAUUCAAUAUGGCGGACAAACUUACCUACUAUGAAAUUCUUGGUGUGUCGCGAGACAGCAGCGAAAAAGAGGUAUGUUUGGCUAGUUAUGAUUACUUUAAUGGGUCGUAUUAAGUUCAGAGAUACAUUUUUGAUGUUAGGUAGGGCAAAUUUCGGUCCCUGUUGAUCAAUCUGAGCCUAUUACAGUUUUAGGUAGAGUGUAAUUAAAAGCGUUCGAUGAACGUAGCUCAACUCUAAUGUUUUUAAAGAAGCAUUUACCAUGGACAUGUUUAUGUCUUAGGGACGAUUGUGUCCACUGAGGCAUCGGCGAAAAUACCUAAUCCACUAAGACACAAUAAACUAAAUACAGUCUUUAUUGAAAUUUCCGACUGUCAACUUCCUGGCUUCCAUUGACCAGGCCAAUGUAUAAAAUUGUGGAAGUAAACUUUCAAUAAGCUCGAAUUUAAUUACGUUUUAAGAGCUCAUUUAUUUUUCCCUUUGUUUUUGUACAGAUCACAAAAUUAAUUAUAAAGCUUAUCGGAAAAAGGCACUAAAAUGGAUUUUAAUGUAUUUUUGUACAGAUCACGAAAGCUUAUCGCAAAAAGGCUCUAAAAUGCCAUCCGGAUAAGAAUCCAGAUGAUCCAGCAGCAGUUGAACUGUUUCAUGAACUGUCCAAGGCUUUGGAGGUGCUCACUGAUGUAAAAGCUAAGGCUGCUUAUGAUGCUGUUCUCAAGGCAAAAGAACGAGCAAGACUACGCACACAGGCGCUAGAUGCUAAGAGAAAGAAGUUCAAGCAGGGUAUUACACCUUUUGUAUUAGACCAGCUAAAUGAAUGAAUAGAUAAGUGAGGUGCUAGGUGCUAAGAGAAAGAAGUUAAAACAAGGUAUUACAUCUUUUGUAAAUAGACCAGCAUAAAUGAAUGAAUAGAUAUAUGAGGUGCUAGGCCGGUGCUAAGAGAAAGAAGUUAAAACAGGGUAUUACAUCUUUUGUAAAUAGACCAGCAUAAAUGAAUGAAUAGAUAAAUGAGGCCCUGUUAGGAAAAAAUUCUGACAAGUGACAUGGUCUUGAAACAGCAGCAUAGGACUAGAUGAAAAGGCAACAUAAAUAUGGGUUAAAUAUCGACAGAGACAUGGCCUUCUCCUCAAAAUGUGAAACGCCCAUAUUUGAAUUUCAGACUAGGGACAUACUGGACAUAUUGGAAUCCAGACUCGCCCCCCCACCCUUGCAAUGAACCAGAGUUUUAUUUUAAUUUUUUAAAACUUUUGUUUUCUACACCAUUCUUACAAACUUAUUCUUUUGUGUUUUGUAGAUCUAGAACAAAGAGAGGAUGCUGCAAGAGUUAAUAAAGAAAAUGAUGACAUGGCUGCCAAAAAUUUACAGGCUGAGGUGAGCUGAAUAAUAUGAUUACGUGUAUAGACUAGUGCUGCAACCAUAACACACUUCUCUUCUCCACUGAAAUUAUGCUUCUAAUGAACUUGCUAAGUAUAAAAAAGAGGCCUGGAAUUCCACUUAGACUUUAAAUGGCAUGGCCAUGACAAAUUACUGGUAUACAUACCACUGUUUAAUGUUAUUAUGGGUCAUAAUAUUAAUUCAGGUUAAAAUAUUAUUUUAAACCUACGAUCAUGGACAAAAUUCCUUGGGACAGUCAUAGCAUAACUUCAAUUCUAUGCGUUUCACAAGUAAUGUUGUAAAAAGCAGUGAAGUCAUUUUUAUUACAAAUCCAUGUCCCCUCCCCCUUCCUCACUCAAUGCAAUGUUGAGAGAUCAAAGGAACUGUGCCUUGACGGUUUCAACACUGUCUGUUGGGGUGGGGGGAGGGGGUAAGGAUGUACAGUGUUAGUAGUGCAUGGAUACAAUUUUGCGUGUGUUAAAAAGCGUUUGAACUGUACGACUGUCCCAACACUUUUGUCCAUGACUGUAGUUAGAUUCUCAGUUUCCUUUGUCUGGUAAACAUAGGGUUACCCAUUAGGAAAUGGAGAAUCUACCUAAGGUAAAAUUUAACCCAAAAUUAAUUUCAUCCUAGUAAGACACUUAAAAAUAUUACAUUCCUACAGCUGUAAAUACUGCAACUCACACUUUUGCAGUUUUAUUAGUGCAUUGUGAUUCAAUUUUGUUCUUGGUUCAAUUUUUUUAUGCAUUAUGAUGAGUUAAUGGGGUAACCACAACAGGCAUAUGCCCCAAUUUUUUUUUUUCAGUUAUUACAACCUGUAUCAACAUGUCUGAAUGUUUUUUUGUUGCUUUUUUGUCAUUUUGCACUGUACCAGGGCUGUCAACCCCCUACGUCUUCAAAUAAUUUAUUGAGAAUUGGUAGGGAAGGGAUGAUAGACGAUGUCGUAACGCACGGGACAUAGUGUCAUUUGUACAAGAAAUACUUGUUGACUCUGAUUGUCCCGAAUUUGUGGUGACUGUCACAAAAUGCAUGAAAAAGAUGUUGUUGGCACUGUAACAUUUGACCUGAUUGGUUUACUUCUCACCAAUCACAUUAUUAUUACAUCACAAUAGUAUACCAGAGU